AUGCAGCGGUGGAACAGAGUUUUCUUGGUGGCGUGCUUAGUUUCACUGUUUGUCGAUCCUCUGUUCUUUUACUUGCAAGUAGUGUGGGAGGAACAGUGCAUAAACAUUGGAGUGCCCCUUGAAGUCAUCCUGACCGCCGUCCGGUCACUGGUUGACGUCUUUUACUUGAUUCAGAUUUACAUUCGGUUCCGUACGGCUUAUGUGGCGCCUUCUUCCCGUGUUUUCGGGAGAGGAGAACUUGUAAUUGAUCCUUCAAAGAUUGCGCAAAGGUACCUAAGGAGAGGUUUUUGGAUUGACUUCAUCGCCGCGCUCCCACUUCCUCAGGUGUUGAUAUGGGUGAUCAUCCCAAAUCUUAAGGGUUCAACAAUCACCAAUACAAAAAAUGUGCUUCGCUUCAUUAUUAUUUUCCAGUACCUCCCGAGACUCUUUCUCAUCGUUCCUCUGUCGUCACAAAUUGUGAGGGCCACAGGUGUUGUCACAGAACAAGCUUGGGCUGGAGCUGCGUAUAAUCUGAUUCUUUACAUGCUCGCGAGCCAUGUGAGUCCUUAACAAACUAAUUCUUGGGAUGAAACAUUAUCUUUCACUAAGUUUGUUCAGUCUUAAUAGGUUUUGGGAGCCUGCUGGUACCUCCUGUCCAUCGAACGACAAGAAGCAUGUUGGAAAUCCGUGUGCAAAAGAGAGAAGUCAUCUUGCAAUUAUCAAUUCUUUGAUUGUCACAAAGUCGAUGAUCCUACCAGGAAUGCCUGGUUUCAGUCAAGCAACGUCACAGAAUUAUGCAGACCAAGUAGUGGGUAUUACAACUUUGGGAUAUACGGUGAUGCACAGACGCAUGCUUUGAGUGCUUUGCCAUUUUUGAAGAAGUACUUUUACUGCCUCUGGUGGGGCUUGAAGAACCUGAGUUCCUUGGGGCAAAACUUGUCGACGAGCACAUACAUUGGAGAAAUCUUAUUUGCCAUCAUUAUUGCCACUCUUGGCUUGGUGCUCUUCGCACAGCUCAUUGGCAAUAUGCAAAGAUACCUCCAAUCGACAACAGUCCGGUUGGAGGAAUGGAGGGUAAAGAGGAAUGACACCGAAAGAUGGAUGCACCACAGGCAACUGCCGCCAGAGCUGAGGCAGUCUAUUAGGAAAUACGAUCAGUACAAGUGGGUCGCCACUAGGGGAGUUGACGAAGAAGUUAUCCUGAGAGGCCUUCCUAUGGAUCUGCGGAGAGACAUCAAGCGACACCUCUGCCUCGAUCUAGUCCGACGUGUACAUCUGUUUGAUCAGAUGGAUGAAAGGACACUCGAUGCGAUUUGUGAAAGGCUCAAACCCGCCUUGUGCACUAAAGGAACGUUCUUAGUUCGUGAAGGUGACCCAGUCAAUGAGAUGCUCUUCAUCAUCCGAGGCCACCUCGACUCUUACACUACCAAUGGGGGCCGCACUGGGUUCUUCAACUCGUGCCGCAUCGGUCCAGGAGAUUUCUGUGGUGAAGAACUGCUCACAUGGACCCUGGACCCAAGCCCCAGCAUUAUCUUACCAUCAUCGACCCGCUCAGUCAAAACCCUCUCCGAAGUGGAGGCUUUUGCGCUAAGGGCAGAUGACUUGAAAUUUGUGGCGUCGCAGUUCCGGAGACUUCACAGCAAGCAACUUAGGCACAAGUUUAGGUUCUACUCACACCAUUGGCGAACAUGGGCCGCAUGCUUCGUACAAGCGGCGUGGAGGCGAUUCAAGCGGCGCAAAGAAAUCAUCGAGCUCAGGGCUAGAGAAAGUUCCAUUGUUUUUUCCGAAGUCCGGACUCUGUCUUCUAAGCCCAGACGGGGCGCGUAUGACACAGAAAUGGGCUCUAGCUCUAGAAGGAGCUUUCAUAAGCACUCGGGAUCGGGUUCUAGCAUCGUCAGUACGUUGCAGAAGCCGGCAGAGCCAGACUUUUCAGUCGACGUGGGUUGAAUUGUUAACUGAUCUUUAUGUGGCUCAAUUCGGAACUCGCAUGACGGAGUAUGUAUAAAUUUUUUUUUUAGCC